AAUGCUCCAAUUAGGUCAACUUCUUGAACCUUCGGCCCCACCUUGUCUGUCUUCCCGUCCUUUUAAAUACAAAAAAAAAAAACGUUAAUCUCUCAGAACCAAAACCACAACCAUGGACGAACCCACAUUGUUGUUCCCCGACACCGACCUCGAUCUCAGCUUCACCAGCACCACCACCGACCGCACCACCAUCAGUGCAAGAGCCAGCUUAGCCCGAACCAGCAGCCUCACCCUCAGCUUCAACGACCGUCUCUCGACAUUCUCCGCCGCGGAAAACACCACCGCCGCCGUCACCAACCGCCUUCCCCACCGGAGCGCCGACCCUAACUGGUCCGCCAUCCAGGCCGCCGUCAAUCUCUCCUCCGACGGGCGCCUCCACCUCCGCCACCUCAAGCUCCUUCGCCACCUCGGCUCCGGCAACCUCGGCCGCGUCUUCCUCUGCCGCCUACGCGACUACGACGGCGCCCACUUCGCCCUCAAGGUCGUUGAUAAAGACCUCCUCACAGCGAAGAAACUCUCCCACGCGCAGACCGAGGCGGAGAUUCUCCAAACGCUCGACCACCCCUUCCUCCCCACGCUCUACGCGCGCAUCGACGUGUCUCACUACACGUGCCUCCUCAUCGAUUUCUGCCCCGGCGGCGACCUCCACUCCCUCCUCCGCAGGCAGCCCCAAUUCCGCCUCCCCCUCGCGGCGGCGCGUUUCUUCGCCGCCGAGGUCCUCGUCGCCCUCGAGUAUCUCCACGCGCUCGGCAUCGUCUACCGCGACCUUAAACCAGAGAACGUCCUCAUGCGUGAAGAUGGCCAUGUCAUGCUCUCAGAUUUCGAUUUGUGCUUCAAAUCUGACGUGGCACCCUGUGUCGACUUUCGGGCCCACUCCCCACGCCGAGUGGGCCCCACGAACGGUUGUUUCAGUUAUAACUGUCAUCGAUCUCAAGACAGGAGAAAAGAAAAAUUGGUUGCAGAGUUCGUGGCGGAACCGGUGACGGCGUUUUCACGGUCGAGCGUUGGGACGCACGAGUAUUUAGCUCCCGAGCUUGUUUCUGGUAACGGUCACGGUAACGGCGUGGAUUGGUGGGCUUUUGGGGUUUUCGUUUACGAGUUGUUGUACGGGACGACGCCGUUUAAAGGGUGUAGCAAGGAGGGCACGCUGCGCAAGAUAGCGUCGAGCAAGGAUGUGAGGUUUGUCCACGUGGCGGAGCGAGAGGAGCCUGGGAUGACUGAGGCGAGGGAUUUGAUUGAGAAGUUGUUGGUGAAGGACCCUAAGAAGAGGCUAGGAUGCGCCAAGGGUGCUACUGAGAUUAAACGACACCGUUUUUUUGAUGGAAUUAAGUGGCCUUUGAUUAGGACUUAUCGGCCACCGGAGCUGAAGGGUUUGAUGAGAAGGAAUAAGUCAAAAGUGAGUUGCAAGAGUAAGAGGUGGUGGUGGUGGUGGAAGAGACUAGGGCAUGUUGUGAGGACCAAAGGGGGUAAAUAUAAUUUCUUUUCAAACUAUAGUAAUAAUAAUAAUAAUUAUUAUCAUUUUGUUGAUGAUAAUUACAAGGUUAGGUAGGUAAUAAGCGUGCAAUUCUGCGUUCAUUAUUCGGUUUGUGUUUUGGAUGGAGUUUUAUAGACAUUGGAAGAUAUAUAUAUAUAUAUAUACAUAUACAUGAUAUAGAGGAUAGUUUGUGACCAUAGUUUUCAAUUUUGGGUGUGCAUUGAGUGUAGUUUUCGUGACACAGGUUUACUGUUGUACAUGAAUCACAAAUGAUAUAUAUACAUCAAACUGAUUUCUGUUAA